CAUGAUAUGAGUGAUCUGUGACACCGUCGGACAUCCUAUAUGAUCUUACAACCUCUUUCCCUAGCAUUAUUGGGAGACAGACACUCAAAAUGAUCAACGAUAUCAACGCCGAUACCGAAUUCAACGAUGCUCUCCGAGCACACGGUAUCAUCCCUCCCAAACCCCCAACCCCACCAUCCCCCUCGGCCUUCCUCCCCUCUGAACAAGAACUCUUCCAACAUGCCCUCCAAUCCGCCUCUGCCAACGCCCUAGGGGAGAUGGAAGAAGAAGCCGUCAACAGCGACGACGAGCGUCUGUUCCAAUCGUACCGCCUGAAAAAGUUGGAGGAGAUGAAACAUCAAGAAAAGAUGGCUCGGAGCGUCAGGGCUGGAGAUGGGUUGAGACCGAUCAGUAGGGAUGAUUUCGUCAAGGAGGUGAAUGAGGCUAGUAAGCGGGAUAUAGAGGGGGAUGAUGAGGAGGGCAAGGGGACGGGGGUGGUCUGUUUCCUCUUCAAAGACGGCAUGCCAGCAUCCGACCACAUGCGCAACCUCCUAAACACCCUCUCCGCUCACCAACCCCUCAUCCACUUCCUCUCCAUCCCCGGCCCCCAAUGCAUCCCCAACUACCCGGACAAGAACCACCCUACCCUCCUCCUGUACCGUCGCGGCGACUGCGUAGGCCAACUAAUAGGCUUACCCAGACAAGGCAUGCGGACGACGGUCCAGGACGUAGAGAGGUUCUUGCUCUCCAAGGGCAUCGCCGAGAAACCCAGCGAGAGCUUGAUGAAAGCCACAAAGGCUCAAGCUGGGUCUGGGUCUGGGUCUGAUUCUGACGAGGAUGGGGAGGAGGACGAGGAUGCCGAGUUUGGGACGAUGAGGAUGGGGAAAAAGGGAGCUAUGAGGGGUCUACGGCAGGGAGGGACUGGAUUGGGAUUAGGACUCGGGGGGAUGAGUUCAGGGUCGGGGUCGAAGGGGAGACGGAAGGAGGAUUCGGAUUCGGACUUUGACAUGUAGCGGGGGAAAGCAUGGUUCGAAGCGGUCGUCAAAGUUUGAAGAACAGGUCCAGUAUAGAGAUGUUCUGCAUGUGCGGGUGUUAUGAGG